GCCUACGUCACAGCUGCGUCACCUCCGGUUCCCCCUUUCACUUCCGGUCUUUCAACAUGGCGCCGCUCAAACAGAAAAGACCAACCGUCAGCAGGAAGUCCAAAAAGGGAGCUGGAUGGAAGUUCACCUUGGACCUGACCCACCCUGUGGAGGAUGGGAUCCUGGACUCUGCAAACUUUGAAAUCUUCCUCAAAGAGAGGAUAAAGGUCAACGGCAAGACCGGGAAUCUGGGCAGCGUCGUCCAGGUCGGCCGCAUGAAGAACAAGAUCAACGUCACGUCUGAGAAGCAGUUCUCCAAAAGGUAUCUGAAGUACCUAACGAAGAAGUACCUGAAGAAGAACAACCUCCGUGACUGGCUGAGAGUCGUGGCGUCCGACAAGGAGACUUACGAGCUGCGUUACUUCCAGAUCAGUCAGGACGACGAAGAGUCCGAGGCAGACGAGUAAAUGUCUGGAGAAUAAAUGUUGGAA